CAGACACUGAGAGUUUGCUCAAUGGGAAUCACCGGGCCAGGCCAUUCCAGUCUCCCCCGACUCCUGGAGAAAGAGUCCAGUCUGAGCACAGUGCGAUCGUCAGCUCCAUUGAGAAGGACCUCCAGGAGAUCAUGGAUUCUUUAGUCCUGGAUGACCAAGAUCCUGAGCCCUGUUCAUCAGAGGCUAAAAAACCUCCUGGAGUCCAGUCCAGUUCCCACUCCUCCCUGUCACCUGUAGUCAAUGGAGGGGGGAGGCAUCUGCUAUCCCCUCCUACCAGCCCGGGGGCCAUGUCUGUGGGCUCCAGCUAUGAAAAUGCAUCACCUCCUUUCUCCCCCCUCUCCUCCCCCUCAGCAGCCAGCAGUGGGAGCUUUACCAGCCCGUCUCCUGGUGGAGGACCCCAGGACCAGAGCUCUUCUCUGCCACCAGUGCCUACACGCUCUUCCAGCUACAACUUUACCACCCAGCCUCCACUUCACCCACGGACCAUACUGCCUAACUAUAGCAGCACUGGCAUGGGCCCAAAGGUCCAGGAAAGCCCCAGGCUGCAGAGGAAGAUCUCAGCAGAAGCUCCUCCAAGCCCCAAACCAAACCUCAGAGGACUCAACCAGGAGUCUGAGAGCCCUCUGCAGAUCUCUCUGUUGUCCUCCAGUGAGUCUCUCAGUGGUAGAAAUGUUGUGCCAAGCAGUCCCAGAGUCAUUCCCAAAUUCCCGGCUCUGUCCAGUCCCAGGACCAAGACUACCUCGGUGCUCCAGGAAAGGCCUGCCAGUCCUUUCAGGGAGCAGGCCCCUCCAGCAGAUCGCUCCCUGAAUUCCAGCCCCUCCAGGCAGCUGUCUCCACCCAGCAGAGCCUUUCAGCCUCCCCUCGACCCCAUUGUUCAUAUCAUCCAAGGAUCUCCACUCCAGCAGCAUCCUCGUUUGCUGCAGACCCCCGAGAGCCCCCGCCUGGCCAGGAGGAACUUGGAGUUGAAUGGUGGCGGUGCAGGAAGCAGUAGUAUGAGAGAGCUGCCUCCUCUCAGUCCCUCCUUAGCUCGAAGAGGGGUUCCAGUUCUUCCAGGAGCUCUUCCAGGAACAAUCCCUACGCUGAGAACCCCAGAGAGCCCCUCAAGUCUGGGCAGGUUUGUCCCAGAGAGUCCCAGGCUUCGCCGCAAAACUGGAUCCACAGCAGAGGAAGCAUCCUGCAGCCGAGGGAUGAGGGCCCGCAGUCCAUCUCCUACCUCUGUGAUGAUGGAGGUGAACAGUGGUGUGGGCGUACGCAAGGGAAGCAGUGGAAACCCUCUGUCACCUGCCUACAGUCUGGGCUCCCUGCCUGGUUCAUCCCCUGUAGCCAGCCCCAGGACCCAGAGGAAGACGUCUUCAGGGAGACCCCACCCAGGAAUGAGAGAGAGAAAGAACAGCAUCACAGAAAUCAGCGACAAUGAAGACGAGCUGCUGGAGUACCACCGACGUCAGAGAGAGGAGAGACUCCGAGAGCAGGAGAUGGAGAGACUGGAGAGACAGCGACUGGAGACCAUCCUGACUCUCUGUGCUGAAUACAACAAAGGUGAGAGCACAGAGCUGGACCCUCUGGGCUCUGGGAGGAUGGGUUUUCCUGGGAGCCUGGCCGACAGCUCAGCGCGGAGGCCGUCUUUAGACAACGUCUUUGGAAGCACCCCUUUGUCCUCCUCGACCACGCUGUGUUUGGCACAGAGACAGAGAGAGAGUGAUGAGGAGAACCUGAAGGAGGAGUGCAGUAGUACAGAGAGCACCCAUCAGGAGGUGAGGACGUCUCCUGCUCCCUUCACAUCAGUGCUGCUGAAUGGAGAGCAACAGCAUGAGGACUCGGCUGGUCCAGGCAGUGCAGGUCAUUCAGAGCUCAGCUACCUGGAGGAUGAGAGGCUUCGUGUCCUGGCUCGGAUCGAUGAGCUCAAAGCUCGGCUCACUGAGCUGGACCAACAACACCAGGAGUCCAAACAAGAGGCAGAGAUGGAGCGAGCCUUGCUGCAGGGUGAGAGGGAGGCGGAGCUAGAGCAGAUAGAGGCUGAAUCCAUGGUCAUCAACCAGCUGCAGCACAAGCUGGAUGAGCUGGAGGAGGCCAUCCAACGUGAGAAGGUCAAG